GAAAACUUUUGUGUUUGCGUUUGUUAUUUUUUUCUCGGCUUGUCCCGUUCCUCACUCGACAUCAGUUAUCUGUUAACUGGGACUGCUUUGUUCAGUUUCUAUUUUGGGUCAAUCUCGUAGAGAUUUGCGUUUAGUUACUGCUGUGAGAUAGAAUGUGGUAAGAAGUUUUGAUGGUGAACUGAAAUUGAAGCAUGGUGGUAUAAUCUGAAAUUUUGUUGCUCAAGAGUCAAGAUUGUCUUUUUCCUUCUUUGGUAGCUGUAAAUCUGCUGAUUAUAGAUGGUUUCACCUUCGUUUCUAGGUGAAUUUGUAGAAGGAGUGAAGGAUAUAGAAAGGUGUGAUCCGCUGUUGUUUUGAUUUUGGGGUUUACUCUGUGGAUUGAUAGAAUAAAGGGUUAUUUGUUUGGAUUGAUUUGGAUUGAAUUGGUGGGAGUGCUAGGAGAGGAAGUGUUAGAAAUGGGGAGUAAUUUAAAUUUCAAGAAUUUUGGGAACGAGCCAACGGCCGGAGGUGGUGGGAGGCCGCCGAAUAAUAGCCCCUUGACACGGCAGUCCUCUGUCUAUUCUCUUACUUUUGAUGAGUUCCAGAAUACAAUUGGGGGAAGUGGGAAGGAUUUUGGGUCAAUGAACAUGGAUGAGCUUUUGAAGAGUAUAUGGAGUGCAGAGGACAAUCAGAACUUCGCCCCCGCCAGCGGUGGUGGUGGUGGCGGCGGCGGCGGCGGCAUUGGUGGUGGGAGUGGUGGCCAAGAAGGGGGUGGCUUGCAGAGGCAGGGAUCAUUGAUCCUUCCUCGGACACUAAGCCAAAAGACAGUUGAUGAGGUGUGGAGGGAUAUGUCGAAGGAGGCUGUUGCAGCGAAGGAUGGGGCUGUCAGUGUUGCUAGUUUUGGCAUGCCUCAGAGGCAGCAGACUUUGGGGGAAAUUACACUCGAGGAGUUCUUGGUGAGGGCCGGGGUCGUGAGGGAGGAGGCCCAGUUAGCUGCUGCAGCCAACAAUGCCGGGAUCUUUGGUGAUCUGUGGCACCCUGUGAAUAGCAGCUCGGGUUUGGGAUUCGGGUAUCAGCAGCAGCAUCAACAACAACAGCAGCAGCAGCAGGCUAGUAGGAAUUUGGGGUUGAUUGGUGCUGGGGUUACUGAAACUAGUAAUCAGAUGGCUGCACAAUCGGCUGCUAAUUUACCAUUGAAUGUAAAUGGUGUAAGGUCUGCUCCACAGCAGAUGGAGAAUCAUCAGCUGCAGCAGCAGCAGCAGCAGCAGCAGCAACGUCAACAUCAACACCAACACCAGCAUCAGCAGAUCCUUCCUAAACAGUCCACGUUGGCUUAUGGAUCAGCUAUGGGAAUUCCAAGUAACGGUCAGUUGAGUAGCCCACGGAUUAGGGGCGGAAUGGUUGGGAUUUCUGAUCCGGGAAUGAAUAACUCGCCAGUCCAUAAUUCAGCUUUACAAGGUGGAGGACUUGGGAUGGUUGGUUUGGUGUCUAAUGGAUCUCCAGCUGUUUCAUCAGACGGGCUCUCUAAGAGUAAUGGGGAUACAUCUUCAGUAUCACCUGUUCCUUAUGUGUUUAACGGGGGUUUGAGGGGUCGGAAAAGUGCUGCUCUGGAGAAGGUGGUUGAAAGGAGGCAGAGGAGGAUGAUCAAAAACAGAGAGUCAGCUGCAAGGUCACGAGCUCGUAAGCAGGCUUACACUAUGGAGUUGGAAGCAGAAGUUGCCAAACUAAAGGAGGAAAAUGAACAAUUGCAGAAGAAACAGGCGGAGAUAAUGGAAAUGCAGAAGAAUCAGGCUCUGGAGAUGAUGAAACAGCAGAAUGGGGGCAAGAGACAGUGCUUGAGAAGGACGCAGACGGGGCCAUGGUAAGCGCAAUCUGGAAUGAGAUACGCCUGUGUAAAUAGUGCAUAGAGGGCGGCGUAGUUCUGUUGUUGUAGAUGAGGUAUAGAGAGUUAUAGGAGGAGUAGCGCUUCUUCGCCUUUAGAAUGUUCCUUGUUUCUCAUGGGAAUGUAGGUGGAAAAUGCCUCAAGUUAAUAAAAAGAAGGAAAAAAAAAAAGAAAAAAAAAGAGGGCAGUCUGAUUAGGUACAGAGAUGAGUAGAGAUACACAUUUUGCUGUUCCCAACUCCCAAAGUGUUGUGCUUGUCCAGUUAUGUAGCACUCAUGGUCGUGUUCAUGUUUGUGUUCGUGUUGACAUAGAAUAGAAUACAAUUUAUUUAUAUAUUUUCAUUGUUUGUGA